AGUAAAGUGUCUACGCCACGCACAGUGCUACACCCACUCACCCAUUGGUUCGGUGAUACUGGUGGUGGUUAUCGUUCAGAGUGCUCUGUUGAAUGGUGCGCGCGGCGCCCCUUCACAUACAUUCAUUGACGUUGGUCGUCGUCUGCUGGUAACUCCGAUAUUAAUAUUCCUUCGAGUGUGUCUCUUGGCAGCCCACAUAAAAUAUUAAUUUUCAUCACAACAUUUACGAGAAAAUAAUGUUACAUCUGCUUCUUCUAAACUAAUAACCGCUUCGACAGUCUCCUAUACUGCUGUUUGGUCAAGAUAUUUUUCAGGAAAGAUAAUAUACCUUAGUUCAGUUUACCUGUGAGUCAUUAAAUCACUUUCGCUAUAGUCGGGCUCCUGGACAACCAACGGCAGCGCGUGCCUGAGAUACGGGGUUGCCGCCCGCCUAGCUAGGCAUUCCAGUUCAGAUAUCCAGAGUGACAGGAUUUGUAUCCCUUCAUCGAAUAAAAAGCCCACCUUCGUCCAUCCGCGGAAUGUUUUCAUACUUGCAAUACCCGAAUGCAGAUCUUUUUGAACAGGAUGUGUAAGUGAACGCCCACGACAUUCUGAGAGCAUCUUUCAAGGGAUGAUGAUCAUCAUCCGUUGCCUAGCAAUACAACAUCACUUGUAGAACAUGUGAGAGGAUCGUGUGUGUUCUUGAGCUUUCACUCGCAGUUCAAUCGAAUCGGUGUUACCAUUUAGCUCUCAUAUAGACCAAGUAAAGAAACAGAAGAUGGUUAUGAAAUUUGAGAGAAACCGGUAAAAUCCCGGCAACAAAUAACGAGUACUGUCAGUUUGAUAAAGCAUUCGACCAGACUCAAAAUAACAAGUUAUUGUAUAUCGUCCGCGAUCUUAUAUAAGAUGGCAUUGGGAAAUACUAGAAUGAAUGAUUAAUAAGGAAAUAUUGGCAGAGAUUUGUUAACUUCAAAGAGCGUAAUCUGAUUUAAAGGUACAAUCAUAUUUUAGGAUAGUGUUCGUUUCACUUCAGUUUUCAACUUUCCAUCGCAAAGGAUUCCAUAUUUUUUCCUUGUAUUAAGAUUGUAAGUAUGGCGAUGAUGAAUUAUCAGGUGCCGCCAUCUUAUCCGCACUCGAUGCAGAACUACAUGGAUUAUUCUAUGCACAAUCCACACAUCCACAAUCCUCUCAUGCACCCAGUCCAAAACCACCACAUUCACAAUCCACAAAUCCAAAACCUGCCGAACAUUCAUUUCAUUCAGGAUGAAUACUAUGUUGAUGAUAGCGAUGACGAAUCGAACUUCACAUCGGAAGACUACGAAGAUGACCGAAUGAGUGACGAGCUCUUCGAGAGAGAACCGAACGCUGUCGAUCAGUUGUUGGAUUUCGCCGAGACGGCAAGUAUGGAUAUUCAGAAGUUUUUCGGCAAGAAGCGAGUUUUAGAUGAACCGGAAUUGAUUGCCGAUUGUAAUAAGAAGGUGCGUUUAUCUGGACGUGAGCUUUACUACGCGGAUUUAUUACGAGUUGCGCAACACGGUGACUCGGCUGACCCUUGCAAGGAAGCUUCCGAACCCAAUCGAAUCAUUCGGUAUGGAGAUGACGAAAACAGCCCUGAUUUAACUUCAAAUCUCUCACCCAAAUCGAUGGACAGUAACGGCUUAGGACCUCUAGAGGAACUAUUUAACUACGCAGAAAGGAGUGUGUGUUAUAAUGGUCAUAUGCUUCCAAUGUAUGGCUAUUCUUAUCAAAGUGGUGCAUGGAUGCCGCCGACAGACAAUGUGAACGACACAAGUUUGAGCGGGAAGCCACCCGUCACACCGUGGAGUAAGCGCGCCAUGCCGAAAAGUUUCUUCACGGAGCCUGUUUCGUCGUCUGUUCCUCGUAUCGAGGUUGAUCAGCGAUUCGUAGCGUUGAGUCUACCACUGGACACACCCUGUGUUGGAUCCGUUGCUACUAGCAACCAACAUGAAGCUCCUGAUUUUAGUGAUUUAAUAGCAACCAUGGAAUCUGAUGAGGAUCACGGUUUACCAAGGGUUACUCCAGUUCAUGGGUAAACAGUUUGCCUAAAACAUGAACAGACAAGGAUAAACUAAUAAUAAGCCGUUUUGUGACAUUCACUGCAAUCUCUCACAUUAUUGUCAACUGAUGCAAGGGAAAUAUCAUUACAGCGAUACUUAGGUUGACGAAUCUUAGAUAUAGAUUCUCUGAAAACAAAAAAAUGCAUUAUUCCGAAUACUCAAAUAAUGAGGCAUAAACAUUCUCACUGACACGAUUAUCGGUACGUCAGUAAGAAGAAGUUAAUACAUAAUUAUGAACAACAGAGGUAUAUUUUGAUAGAGGGACACAUAAACGUAAAUCUUUAGAACGAUGUAACUUCAAAAGUUGUAACUGUUGCUAU